AUGGAUAGUAGAAAACGAAGCAUCGCAUCAAAUGACAAUGCAGAUUCCAAAUCCAAUUCCAAAUCCAAAUCGGAACCCAAAUCCAGCAUGCACAACAAAGAAUGGGACGAGGCCUCUUGCCCCAUAUGCAUGGAUCAUCCUCACAACGCAGUCCUUCUCAUCUGCACCUCCCACGACAAGGGCUGCCGAUCGUACAUUUGCGACACGAGCUACCGCCACUCCAACUGCCUCGACCGUUUCAAGAAGCCGACGGACGAGAAGCCGGGCCUCCAGUGCCCUCUAUGCCGUGGGCCCGUCUUGGAGUGGAAAGUCGUGGAGGAGGCCCGAAAGUACCUGAACCUGAAAUCCCGGGCCUGCUCGCGCGAGUCGUGCUCGUUUUCCGGAAACUACCGGGAGCUGCGCGGGCACGCGAGGCGGGUCCACCCGGGGGCCCGGCCCGCUGACGUGGACCCGUCGAGGCAGAGGGCGUGGCGCCGUUUGGAGGACCAGAGAGAGUAUAACGACAUCCCUGUUGCAUGUGACAAGAUAUCUUCGAAAGCUUCAUCUUGCGAGUACCGUGCCCAGCAGCACCCAACACACUCACCCGCGAAUGAGGUUGUGAGUCCAGCAACCCCCAACGAGUUCAACUUAGUAAAUGUGUAG